AUGGCAAAAAAAUGUUGGCAACGUUUCGAGAUUGUGUUUGAAAGUUUGAAAAUUGCCACUCUGAGGAAGCUGAAUUUGUAUGAGAGACUCUCAGAAAGAAUGAAAUAUCCGUAUUCAAAUAAGACACUUCACUCGUCCGCUGCAUUUCAGAAAGGACUGUACUUGCACGAGAUAGGGCACGCCAUUGGUCUCGUGCACGAGCACCAGCUCCCCAACAGGGACCAGUACAUCGAGAUCCUCUACCAGAACGUGCAGCCGAGCAUGCGCAUCUGGUUCAAUAAAUAUUCCGCACAGGAAGUGGACCAGCUGAAAGUGGACUAUGAAUAUUCAUCUGUGAUGCAUUAUGGGAUAACUGCGUUUUCAUCGGAUGGUAAAUCGCAAACUAUUAAAGCUCUGCACCCCGAUAAGGAAAGCUCCAUUGGUCGCGUGUACCGGAAGGAACUAUCUUUUACUGACGUCAAGAUAGUCAACCUCAUGUAUCAAUGCGCAAAACAAUGUGACAGCUCCAUUGUCUGUAACAACGGUGGCUACGUGGACCAGAAUUGCAAGUGCAUCUGUCCCGAUGGCUCCGACUCCUGCUCCAAGGCCAAACAAGACGACAAAGAUGGCGAGUGCUUUAACGCCCAUGAGAGUUGGCAAUGUGCCGUGUGGGCGAACCAGGGCGAGUGCCAGCGGAACCCCCGGUUCAUGCUGGAGAGCUGCAAGAAGGCGUGUAGGCUAUGUGGCAACGAGAAACCUGACAACGGCCCACACAUUGCCCUCUGGACAUGGCAGUGGUUAUGUAGAUUUGCGAACAUAUGUCCACAGAACUGGACAGUAGCGACAUGCAAAGACAAUUACGAGAGCUCCAAGUGCGACGUGUGGAAGGAGCACGGUGAGUGCAUCGUCAACAGCGAAUGGAUGCACAAGCACUGCAAAAAGACGUGCAACGCAUGCGCAAACUCGGGACCGGACCCGGAUGUGAACUGCUCAAACAAGCACCCAAAGGCGGAGGAGUGCGAGAAAUGGGCGGCGGAAGGGGAGUGCCAGAUAAACCGAGUCUGGAUGCCCGAGAACUGCCGGAAGUCUUGUCACAUGUGCGGUAAAAGCGUCGUCGUCAUCACAACCACACCCGAACCUGAUUACAACGGCGAAUGUGAAAACAUCCACAACACUCUUGAGUGCGACAAGUGGGCGCGCACCGACGAGUGCUCGCUGAACCCUGAUUGGAUGAUCCCUAACUGCCGGAAGUCCUGUAAGAAGUGCGAGGGAAAUGACGGCGGUGGGGGAGCACAAGAGUGCAAGAACACGUGGGACGACGUUCAAUGCACGGGUUGGGCGCGAGACCAAGAGUGCAUGAAGAACAGCGUCUGGAUGCACCGGAACUGCCAUAAGGCUUGCACGAAAUGCACACCAGACGGCUCGACUACCGAUAGACAAAAUGAGCAGACAACAACACAACCGCGCAUCACAACGCCAGGUGCUUGCAAAAACGAUCAUCGUAGCGACAAGGAGUGUGAUACGUGGGCCAAGUAUGGUCACUGUGACUUAAACGAAUGGAUGAAAGUCCACUGUGCGGCCGCGUGUGGCUCCUGCAAGUCUCAAGAGAAGACGACAACAACAUCAAAGCCUGAUAAAACGGACAACGGAGGCAACACCGGUGGGUGCGCGGACCAGGAGAAGCACUGUGCUGCAUGGGCGCGCCAUGGUUUCUGUGAGGACAACCCCAACACGGCACUGAGGAUCUGCAAGAAGUCAUGCAAUGCUUGCACCGUCGAGACCAACGAGUGCAAGGAUAAGCACCAGUUGUGCGGAGUGUGGGCAGGUGGCGGCCAGUGUCAACGCAACAGCGGCUACAUGCUGCGCUCCUGUCAGAAGUCAUGCACCGUCUGCUAGUUCCGGUCAGGAUAUAAUUAUUGACGAACAUGAUGCGGUGUUUGCUAGGUCAGGCAUGAACAUAAACCAUACAAUGUCUGUUGUUACUCCUGAUAGUUACGGUAUGGAUAUACGAGUCUCGAGAAUAGUACAUACUGUAUGUGGCUAUUUCGCUAUAUUAUUUCUUAAGUUUCGACACAAAUAAUGUUGUUUUGUAAUGAAUAUAUUAAUUUAGUGUUUAAUUUAAUCAAAUAUGUGUAUGUGCAUUUAUUUAACAAACACAUUUUUCAUCAUUUAUAAUGUUUAUUCGUUAUUAUGAUAGCUUCAAAUGUUUGUUCGAUUAAUAAUUCGUGUAAUCAUUAUUUGAUUAUAAACUUUUUAUUUCGCUUUGUUUUCUACGCAUACAUUUUAUAUUGUAUGCUUAAACUGCUACUGUGGACAUUUAAAAAACUGACAAACUGUUAGAACACAUUUUUGAAUAAAGUAUUGCUAUUUGUCAAGAGAUUCGUUUAUUGCAAAGUUAUCUACAUCAUUAUAAUGGAUAUAAUUCAAAGGUCUUACUCCUAUUAUGAUCUCAUUGUUGCUUAGAUCAGGCCAUAUUCUGGUAGUAUAUCCAUUUUAAAUGAGGCGCACACAUGACUGAAAAUACGAUGCAAGUGAUGAUCCAAAUUUAUGUUAAAAACGAUGAAGUUUAUGGUAUAUACUUUUCAAGAUGAAUAAUUAUGCGAAACGCUUUAAAAGCUUCAAACGAAUGCGUUAUGAGUUUUUACUUGUUAUAGUUUGCGUGACUAACGCUGUAAAUUCGUUUGCAUUAAAAUGUAUUCAUUAUAUCAUUGAACAACGAAAUUGUCUUCGGCAAUGGAUAUAUCCUAUGCACUACUUUUGUACAAAAUGACAUAAUAAUAAAGCACUUUUACUUUAAAACAUAUGUGAUCCCGAAACAUGAAUGAAAAUGUACGUACUGUAAAAAAUAAACUUUGAACAUAU